AAUACAAAAGAUUAGACUGUAUGGUAUGAUAUCUUCGCUUUACCAGUUGAAAAAACGGAACCACUACCACAGUCAGUGUCAUUGUCAAAUCCGAAUCAUCAAAAUUUGUUUUGUUUAUGUGUCAUGUUGUUGUAGUCACAGCUUUUUAGAUAAAAGUUAUUCACAAAAAAUGUGCGAUAUAAACGAUAAUCCUAUAAAAUUAAGCGUAAGAUGGAAUGGUAAAGAAUUUGAAAUACCGGAACUGUCGCCUUCGGAUUCCGUCGCGAUGUUGAAAAUCGCUAUAGAAAAUGCCACGGGCGUACGGCCGGACAGACAAAAGUUACUAAACGUAAAGUUUGAAGGUAAAGUAGCAACAGACAAUUGUACACUGGCCGAUCUAAAUCUCAAGCCCAAUUUGAAAAUUAUGAUGAUGGGUUCAUUAGAAGAGGCCAUAGUGGGUGCAAGGACCAAACCAGAAGUGGACGAUGUUGUUAAUGACUUGGACAUUGAAGAGGAAGAGGUUGAUGUUGAGAAUCAGGAGGUGUAUAUAGCAAAAAUUAAUAAACGCAUACGUGAUUACAAAAUCAAUGUACUGAACGAACCUCGUCCCGGGAAGAAACUACUAGUGCUAGAUAUUGAUUAUACGCUCUUUGAUCACAGAUCUGUAGCUGAAACCGGAUACGAACUAAUGCGACCGUUUCUCCAUGUGUUUCUGACAUCGGCAUACGAGGAUUAUGACAUUGUGAUUUGGUCAGCAACCGGGAUGAAAUGGAUCGAAGAGAAGAUGAAACUCCUCGGAGUAACCGGUCAUCCAGAUUACAAGAUCAUGUUUUAUCUAGAUUAUCUCGCGAUGAUAACGGUUCAUACCGCCAAAUAUGGUACUAUUGAUGUCAAACCUCUAGGCGUGAUCUGGGGAAAAUACCCCCAGUACAGUUCGAAAAACACAAUAAUGUUUGACGACAUACGAAGGAACUUCAUUAUGAACCCAAAGAGUGGCCUCAAAAUUAGGCCGUUCAGGCAAGCGCACCUCAACCGGGACAAGGACCGGGAGUUGCUCUACCUAUCGACUUACCUCAAGGAUAUCGCACAGAAUUGCGAGGAUUUCGACCAGCUGAACCACAAGAAGUGGGAGAAAUACAAGCCCGACAGGAAACUCCAGGCGGGCAGUAAAAGGAAAGCGGAAGAUUCGCCCUCCAAGCCGAGGGAAUGACGGUAGUUUGACGUUUUUUUUUAGUGUGGUUUUUACGUUCUAAGGUUGGGAGGUGAUUUAGCCUGUAUUUUUUUUUAUUGGCGAACGUCCAAGUGGCAAAUUGGCCAGUGGUUCGUUUAGUGUUUUAUGAAUAUCAUAUGUACCGGGUGUAACGGAAUCGUUCUCUACAAACGUCACCUUAAAUUCGUGAUACAUGGCGAGCAAAUGAUAUUAGUUUUUUUUUUUUAGUGCCAAGUAUCAUCCUCGAGCUGUCUUCGUUAUGGGGAGAAGAUUCUUUAGAUCCGGUAUUUUAAACUUUGCCUUUUAUACCUCGAUCGAUACGACUUCAUGAAUAAUAGCAAUAGUUGAAACGGUAGCUUAGCGUUUCCUCAGAAGGGGCGGGGGAUCCUGUCGUGUAGAGUACUUAGCCUUAUCCUGCCGCGAACCAGUGAUGCGUUCGGGUUUGAAGGACGCAACAGCUUUAUUCAAUGCAACUGAAUUUUCGGCUUCAUAUCUUGAGCUGGAUGGCGGAAUUCAGGUUGUGAUUUGUAUAAGCUUCGGUGACCUCUAAGCCGUGAGCCAUCUAACCAGCUACAGAAAUAACAAGAAAGAUUUUCCAUUAUCACAAAAUACCUGUGAUGAAAUGACCUUCUCGCAAUUUAAGCACAAAACAAAGUAAUGAUUGUUGUAAGUGUUAAUUUUUCUACAAAUUAACGGAUCUCAAACAGCCUUGAAGGAUUUGACGAGGAGCCCUUCUCACCAAACAUCACGUUUCUAAACUAUAUAUCAUGUCUAAUAUAAUCUAUACUACCACUAAUUCUAUUCUAACUUACUAUAUAUGUGUAAUAUAAUCUAUGCUAGUAAAAAAUAAUUGUAACUUCAACAUUUUCUCAUGCAUUUUACUCAGAUCAUGCAACUUGACAUGACAAACUAAAAAAAAAACCUGUCAAAUAUGUGUGUCAGUGUCACAAGUGUAGACAUUUCUUAAACGAGAGAGACAAACUAUAUUCUGACAUUUUCUUUUUCAAUUCCAAUGAAAGAACUGCCGUUUCUAAUUUAGUAUAAUGCUAUUCGAAUGAUAUUAGACUUAAAUAAGCAUUUAAUGCAAUUGUAUAAUUUAUAAACGAAUAAAGAUACUUUUUUUUUGUAA